AUGCCUACCAAAAGACUCGAAAUCCUAGCCAUAGCCUUCGCUGGCCUGAAUAUUAUGGAUCUAACCGGGCCAAGCGAAGUCUUUGGAAGUUCUCGUAUCCCUACUCGAGAACGUCGCAUCACAAUUGCAUCUUCGCAAGACACCAUCGCCUCAUCCGAAGGCAUAAUUUUGAAACGACAAGUUUCACUCCUGGAGCUUUUGGCCACCAAAUCAGACGGAAGCAUAGAGCUCAGUCGAUACGAGAUUCUAGUUAUGCCAGGAGCUCCGCCGGGAAAUGUGCAAAAAGCCAUCGAGGACGACGAAAAUCUGCUCGCGGUGCUGAGGACUUUUGCAGGCUUUGGUUCGUCAGGAGGCAGGCAUAGAUGGAUUCUCUCGGUCUGCACUGGAGCUGCGUUUUUGGGUACUAUAGGUGCCUUAUCUGGCAAGACUGCGACAUGUCACUGGUCUUACCUGGACACGCUGCGUGAGAUCUGCAGAGCCAACAACGCUCCGGGCGAAGAGACAAACGUGGUUCGGAAACGGUGGGUCGAUACGGGCAGGAGUCCUACUGGUGUACGGAUCAUCACAGCUGGAGGUGUCUCUUGCGGUAUCGAUGCGGCGCUGUGGAUCCUCAGCGAGCUAUUUUCGAUGGAAAAGGCCCGCGAAGUGGCGAAGGGAAUGGAUUAUGAUUGGAAAUUUGGCAAGAAUGAAUUUACUGAGGGGUGGGUGGUUUAG